GGCGCGGCGCUGAGGAGGGCGGCCUGGCCGGGACGCUUCGGGGCGGGGGCCGAGGAGCGACGAGCCCGGCGCCUCCGCGGAGGAGCAGCGGCGGGAGAACGGACUCCCCGCGCCACCGCCCGAGCCCAGGUUCUCUUGAAUACCACAUGCCUAAUUAUUUUCCUUGCAACGUGAGCUGUUUUUUUUCCACUGCCUCCAAAAGAUCAAAAUUGUUCCAGAAACUGGAGACAGAUUUGAUUUAAAAGAAAUAACUUUAACAGAUGGACAAUAUGUCUAUUACGAAUACACCAACAAGUAAUGAUGCCUGUCUGAGCAUUGUACAUAGUUUGAUGUGCCAUAGACAAGGUGGAGAGAGUGAAACAUUUGCAAAAAGAGCAAUUGAAAGUUUGGUAAAGAAGCUGAAGGAGAAAAAAGAUGAAUUGGAUUCUUUAAUAACAGCUAUAACUACAAAUGGAGCUCAUCCUAGCAAAUGUGUUACCAUACAGAGAACACUGGAUGGAAGGCUUCAGGUGGCUGGUCGGAAAGGAUUUCCUCAUGUGAUCUAUGCUCGUCUCUGGCGGUGGCCUGAUCUUCACAAAAACGAACUAAAACAUGUUAAAUAUUGUCAGUAUGCAUUUGACUUAAAAUGUGAUAGUGUCUGUGUGAAUCCUUAUCACUAUGAACGAGUUGUAUCACCUGGAAUUGAUCUCUCAGGAUUAACACUGCAGAGUAAUGCUCCACCAAGUAUGUUGGUGAAGGACGAAUAUGUUCAUGACUUUGAGGGACAGCCAUCGUUACCCACUGAAGGACAUUCAAUUCAAACCAUCCAGCAUCCACCAAGUAAUCGUGCAUCAACAGAGACAUACAGCACUCCAGCUCUGUUAGCCCCAUCUGAGUCUAAUGCCACCAGCACCACCAACUUUCCCAACAUUCCUGUGGCUUCCACAAGUCAGCCUGCCAGUAUCCUGGCAGGCAGCCACAGUGAAGGACUGUUGCAGAUAGCUUCAGGGCCUCAGCCAGGACAGCAGCAGAAUGGAUUUACUGGUCAGCCAGCUACUUACCAUCAUAACAGCACUACCACCUGGACUGGAAGUAGAACCGCACCAUACACACCUAAUUUGCCUCACCACCAAAACGGCCAUCUUCAGCACCACCCGCCUAUGCCGCCCCAUCCCGGACAUUACUGGCCGGUUCACAAUGAGCUUGCAUUCCAGCCUCCCAUUUCCAAUCAUCCUGCUCCUGAAUAUUGGUGUUCCAUUGCUUACUUUGAAAUGGAUGUUCAGGUAGGAGAGACAUUUAAGGUUCCUUCAAGCUGCCCUAUUGUUACUGUUGAUGGAUACGUGGACCCUUCUGGAGGAGAUCGCUUUUGCUUGGGUCAACUCUCCAAUGUCCACAGGACAGAAGCCAUUGAGAGAGCAAGGUUGCACAUAGGCAAAGGUGUGCAGUUGGAAUGUAAAGGUGAAGGUGAUGUUUGGGUCAGGUGCCUUAGUGACCACGCAGUCUUUGUACAGAGUUACUACUUAGACAGAGAAGCCGGACGUGCACCUGGAGAUGCUGUUCAUAAGAUCUACCCAAGUGCAUAUAUAAAGGUCUUUGAUUUGCGUCAGUGUCAUCGCCAGAUGCAGCAGCAGGCGGCCACGGCACAAGCUGCAGCCGCCGCUCAGGCAGCAGCCGUGGCAGGAAACAUCCCUGGCCCAGGAUCAGUAGGUGGAAUAGCUCCAGCCAUCAGUUUGUCUGCUGCUGCUGGAAUUGGUGUGGAUGACCUUCGUCGCUUGUGCAUACUCAGGAUGAGUUUCGUGAAAGGCUGGGGACCGGAUUACCCAAGGCAGAGCAUCAAGGAAACACCUUGCUGGAUUGAGAUCCACCUACACCGGGCCCUGCAGCUUCUAGAUGAAGUCCUUCACACCAUGCCUAUUGCAGACCCACAGCCUUUAGACUGAGGUCUUUUACUCUUGGGGCCCUUAACGUUAUCAGGAUGGUGGACUAUAAAAUGCAGUCCUGUUUAUAAUCUGAAGAUAUAUUUCACUUUUGUUCUGCUUUAUCUUUUCAUAAAGGGUUGAAAAAAUGUGUUUGCUGCCUUGCUCCUAGCAGACAGAAACUGGAUUAAAACAAUUCUUUUUUUUUUUUUUUCUUUUUCUGUUUAGAAAUUUUCAGGCAUGGCUCAGAGCUUGAAGGUCAGGAAAAACACAUUCUUAGCAAAUCUUCACCAGUUAUGUAUGAAGGAAUCAUUCCAAUCAAUGCUGGAAAGUUUAGCCCUUUAAGAUGUCUUAGAGCCUUUUAUAUGCAGAACAUAGACGUGUGUUAUUCUACAAAAUAAAUUCAAUAUUGCUGAUUUUAAAGGCAGAGAAGCUCUCAAAGUUAAUUCACCUUUGUUAAUCUGUGUACAAGUUGUUACUGUUGAACAUACUUUACUACAAAUUGUUGUGCCAUGUGGGUGAGUUAAUUUUAUCAAGAGCAACUUUACUCUGUGUUUUAAAAAAUAAUAUGACAAUGUAUUAUAACCUUUUAUCCAAAAGAAAAAAAAAAUUUUUUUUUUUUUUUUUUUUGCAAGUUAAAC